CUUUGAUUGCGUCACACACUUCCUAAAAAUAAUCACGGCGCCAUUUCAGAAUUCAUUCAUUGGCAUUUGCAGUUUGAGUCGUUAUUCAGGAAUAACACGCCACAGAUUUGAAGAUGGUGAAAAUAUUCAUAGGCAAUCUUGACUCCGACACCACCGUGGACGAGCUACGCACUCUCUUCUCCCAGUAUGGCAAGAUCUCAGAGUGCGACAUCGUCAAGAACUUUGGCUUUGUGCACAUGAACGACAAAGCCGAAGCGGAGGAGGCAAUCAAGAACCUUCACCACCAUGAGCUCAACGGGGAGCAAAUGAACGUGGAGAUGAGCCGCGGCAGACCAAAGUCCACCACCAAGCUGCAUGUCAGCAACAUCCCAGAGGGUUGCACCAACGAGGAGCUGAAGACCAAGUUUGAGGAGUAUGGCCCAGUGGUGGAGGCUGACAUAGUGAAAGACUAUGCAUUUGUCCACAUGGAGUCUGUGGAUGAUGCCAUGGAGGCCAUCAGUAGGCUGGACAGCACAGCCUUCCAAGGUGUGUAUGACUCGCCAGACUUUUCCUUUGCUACCAUUCCUCCUCCGAGCUGCAUGGUUCCAUCGAGCUGUGCCGCAAACAAACCUUUCGUGACUCGGAAUGUGAUGGCACGAGAAUGAUGCAGGCGGAAAUCGGCAUGUGCAUCGUCCUGGCACCUGUGUGCCAGCCGUCGGCAGAUGAAUCUUCAUCUUCAACUGACUAAUCAAUCCAUAUUCAAGUCAACAUACUUCCUUUAUUUACAGUUGUCACUUACAAGGACACUUAGCUAUCUGGAACCACAGGUCUGGCACUGUGUGUGUGUGUGUGAUGUUAAUACCAGCUUAACUAUACUGGCUUUCCACUCGCUUUGUUUGUCUUUUUUUAAAUUCUUUUUUUAGAAAUUAUACAUCUUUUUAUUUUUAAGAAUCUCCUCAAAGCAAAUUGGCCACUGAAUUUGGCGUAUUGAGGUGACCAUAGCUUAGAUAGUUUUGUCUUACUUGAGAAAUAUUUUUCAUUCAUUUAAUUGUUUUCAGCUAUUAAUGACAAAUUCUCAUUCAUGCCAUGUUUCGCUCAGUCAUUCAACCACAUUUUUGUUUUGAAUUUUCCCCAGUAAUACACGAUUUAAGAAUAGACCGGUAUGAAUAUUUGUGAAAUUCAUGCACUGGCUUUGAGAACGUUCAUGAACAUCUGUUUUCUCGAGGACAUUCCACUUCGUGUUGAGGAAAUCCUCGUCAUACUGCUUUUGCUUAGAGUUGCUGUCUCGGUGACAUUCUCCGUAUCCCAAAACAAACAUUCCAAUUUGUCUCAGUUGAUAUGCUUCAUCAAUAAUAUCUGCAUACGUCUCCUAACCAAAAAGAAGCAUUAAGUUAGUACUAAUUUGAACAGUGUGCAUAGCACGUAUAGGUUCAUGCACCGCCAAAAGUAAUCUUCUUGCGUAAUUCGGGAAGGCCCAAUCUGAUAUACACCAAUUCAAGAGGAUAUAGCAAUAUAUUAAAUAUUGUUUUCUAAAAAUCUAUGUUUUAGUAAAUCAAAUUCACCUGUGUUCAUUGAAUAUUCAUUGCUACUAAACAUGAACAUGUUCAAUACAGCAAAUAACAUGAGCAUAACUCAGGGCUAUGACAUAAUCGGUUAGGUAAGGGGCUCUUGUCUUCAAUCACUUUCUAUGGGUGCCUUUUACAGCGAAGCUAUUUUGGGAAUUGUUGUAGUUUGUAUUUUUCCUAAGUCCAAGCGUGUACGUUUUUCGCAUUUUAUUUUUUAAUAAACCAUAAAGUAUU